AUGGUCCUAUCGCCCUCCUCCAGCGAUCCCAAUCUGCAAGAGCCGAAUGCCCGAGACGCAGAGGCUCUAGGUCCUGUUCGGAGCAACGCGCCGCCGUAUUCAGUCUUCACCAAGCGGCAGAAGCAGUUCAUCGUAUUCCUGGCUGCCUGGGGUGGUUUCUUCUCCCCUCUCUCAGCGAAUAUCUACUUCCCAGCCCUGACGACUCUGGCCAAAGACUACAAUGCAUCCAAUACUUUGAUGAACCUGACACUCACCUCCUACAUGAUCUUUCAAGGACUGGCGCCAACAUUAUUUGGCGAUCUAGCCGACAUGGCUGGAAGACGGCCGGCGUUUAUCAUAGGCUUUCUCGUUUAUAUCGGAGCAAACAUCGGUCUCGCCCUCCAAAACUCAUUUGCUGCUCUGUUCGUCCUGCGCUGUUUACAAAGUACCGGAAGCAGUCCCACUAUAGCUCUUGGUACUGGCAUCGUAGCCGAUAUUUCUACAAGCGCUGAGCGUGGCAUGUACAUGGGAUAUGUCACGAGUGGAUCCAUGAUUGCACCCGUCAUUGCCCCCAUCAUUGGAGGAGUCCUUGCUGAAUUCCUUGGAUGGCGCUCCAUCUUCUGGUUUCUCGUCAUCCUGACGGCUGUCUACCUCGUUCCCUUCUUGGUGGCUUUCCCGGAGACGGCCAGAAAUGUCGUAAGAAAUGGCUCCAUACCCCCUCAAAGCUGGAAUAUGUCCCUGUUGAACUACCUCGAAAUGCGCAGAGCGAGGAACACCGGAGAUGAGCUUACCCGAACAGCCUCCAGGAUCUCCCAGAGAGCGGCGCAACUGGAACUGGCGAAGAAACGCAAACUCAGAUUUCCAAACCCGCUUGGGACACUGCGUGUGAUCAAACAGAAGGACGUCGGCCUACUGUUGUUGUACAGCAGCUUGGUUUACACUGCCUCUUACACGGUUAUUGCCUCCUGCCCAUACCUUUUCGAAGCAGUCUAUGGUUUCAAUGACCUCCAGUUAGGUCUUGCUUUUAUACCAUUUGGAGUGGGUGCCCUGUGCGCACCCAUGACUACAGGUCGUUUGAUGGACUGGAAUUACCGUCGCGUCGCAAAAAAGGAGAACUUCCGAAUCGACAAGAAACGCGGCGAUGAUCUCAGGAACUUCCCAGUUGAGCGUGCCAGGCUAUCCGUCGCAGUUCCGAUGCUGGCAUUGGGCGCAGCUGCGGUGUUGUGCUACGGCUGGACGUUGGAGGUCGAGGCAAAACUGGCGGCGCCGCUCGUCCUGCACUUCAUCAUUGGCUUCGGUUUGACAUCUGCUUUCAAUUGCAUGGCAGUUCUCCUAAUCGAUUAUUACCCCAUGAGCCCCAGCACGGCCACCGCCGCUAACAAUUUGGUGCGCUGUUGGAUGGGUGCUGGAGGCACCGCGGCCAUCAAUGCCAUGAUCAAUUCCAUGGGACGAGGGUGGUGCUUCACCUUCGUCGCGGCUGUGCUGGCUGCAACGAGUCCGAUCCUUUGGGUUCUUCUGGCAUAUGGGCCCAGAUGGAGGGAAGAAAGGCGUGUUAAAGGAGAGACGGAUUCACGAAUCAAUCCUGGAUGA